AUGCACUGUCAAAUUGAGGCAAAGAAAUGGGGAUAUUAUCUUGGUCCGCCAAUGCCUCCGCCUCCGCCAAUGCCUCUUUCUCAAUGGGCUAAACAGGGAUAUUAUUUUGGUCCAAAUCCGACCCCUCCAGAGGAGAAAUCUGGCAGUGAAGGGUCGAAUGAUUCUUCAACAUCAGACUACAAGGGAUUAAUCGAUGCUUUCAGAGACAGGAUGGACAUAAAAUGUGUCGUACCUAAUGUACUGGAUCAAAUAAUACACGACUUAAGUGCGGAGCCAGUAAGUAUACCACUAGCACUGUUACAGGACAUCACCAAGAAUUUUGCUGAUGAGCGAAAAAUUGGUCAAGGUGGAUUUGGAGUCGUUUACAAGGGGGCUCUUCAAAAUGGGUAUGUUGCUGUGAAGAAACUUUUGAACAGCCAGACAAUCGAUGAUGGACUAUUUUAUCGUGAGACUAAUUUUCUAAUGAGUGUCAAGCACCAAAAUAUAGUACGGUUUCUAGGUUACUGUGCUAAUACAGAGAAUAUAGCCAUUAAAGUGGACGGAUCAGGAAAAUGUGGGAAAUAUUUGUAUCCAGAGAUUAGAGAAAGAUUGCUCUGUUUUGAGUAUAUCAGUAAUGGAAGCCUUCACAAUCAUCUUACUGAUGAAUUAAGAGGACUUGAAUGGCAUACACGCUAUCAAACUAUAAAGGGAAUAUGUGAUGGUCUACAGUAUCUUCACAAGGAAAAGGAUAUUGUGCAUAUGGAUCUUAAACCUGACAAUAUACUGAUGGAUGAUCUAAUGAUACCAAAAAUUACGGACUUCGGUAUAUCAAAACAACUUGAUGGAAUAUCACAGGCUGUUACUAGAGGAUGUCAUGUGUCACUAGGAUAUUGUGCUCCAGAAUACCUACACCGUGGCCAGGUGUCUUUCAAGUCAGACAUAUUUAGUCUGGGUGUUAUAAUUAUAGAUCUCGUGACUGGACGUAAGGAGGAUCCUGAUACUAAAAAUGUACUAAGAAGAUGGAGGCACAGGUGGAAUAGAUCGGCCACUUAUCCACCAUCGGGAUACCAACAAGUUACUGAAUGCAUAGAAAUUGCAGCACGCUGUGUGUCACAUGACCCGAAAAAACGACCUUAUAUAUCGGAUAUAAUCCGUCAGCUCGAUGAAUUGGAUAGUACAAAUGGGCACGUCAACAAUGCUAAUGAACCUACAUUUAGCCUGAUAAGCCCUUACCCUUGGGAGCUGCUUGACAUAGAUCCGCUCGAGCUGCAUUUCCCUUUUGAGGCAAAUAAGCGGAUACCAUGUUUGCUUCAACUAAGUAACAUGAGGGAUGAUUACAUUGCCUUCUACGUCCAAACCUCAAGUGGACAGUACCUCAUAGAGCCAAGCAAAGGAAUUGUACCGCCCCAAUCCAAGAGCAAUGUCAUCAUAACAUUUCAAGCACAGAAGAUGGCACCGCAUCGCAUGCGGAAUAAGGACGAGUUCAUUGUGCGGUGCACAAUGGUAAACGAGGAUCUCAUGACCGAGAGCAUCACUGUAGACAUGUUUGAUGAAGAGUCGAAAGUGGUCGAUGAUGUGAGUUUGACGGUUGCAUUUUAA